AACUGGACGUGGACGUGGACGUGGACAAAGUGCGAAUGCUAAGCACGCACGAGGCACUUAGCCAUCAUUGGCGCGUCUGGGAGCUGACUGGCUUGAUCCAGCCGGCGGGCAUGUCGCGCCUCAGGUAUCUGAUCCAGGCCAUUUCGCUGAAUGUCCUGGUCACGUUGCUCUUUCCGCUGACGCUGCUGGCCCGGCUCAUCCUGACGCGCAAUUUGCAGGAGCUGUGCGAGAAUCUGACCAUUACGAUCACCGAUAUUGCGGCCAACUUUAAGUUCGUCAAUGUGUUCCUGGUGCGCCGGCAGCUCGACCAGAUACGCGAGCUGCUCCAGGUGCUGGACAGGCGAGCGCUCAGCGUACAGCAUCCCGAGGAGCUGCAGGCCCUGAAGCAGGCUGUGAGCAUGGCCAGGAACAGCUUUCGCAUCUUUGCCGGCAUCUUUAUCUUUGGCAUCUCGCUCAGCUGCAUCCGGGUGGCCAUAGCGAAAGAGCGCCGGCUGCUCUAUCCCGCCUGGUUCGCCGUCGAUUGGCACAGCUCGGAUGUGGCGUACGUGGCCAUCUGCUGCUACCAGCUGUUCGGCCUGAUCGUUCAGGCCAUCCAGGACUGUGCCAACGACUCCUAUCCGCCGGCCUACCUCUGCGUGCUGACGGGUCAUAUGCGCGCCCUGGAGCUGCGCGUGCGUCGCCUCGGGCAUCCGAGGCGGCCCGACUGCCCGCCUUGGUACCGCUCCACGCAGCUGCAGCUGUGCGACUGCAUCGAGGACUUCAUAAACAUCAGCAUGCUGCACGCGGCCAUCCAGCAGAUCCUAUCGGUCGCCUGCCUCGCCCAGUUCCUAUGCACGGCCACCGUCCAGUGCACCGUGGCCAUGCACUUUCUGUACGUGUCCGACUCGCACGAUCUCUCCGCCAUGAUGCUGUCGACGGUCUUCUUCAUCGCUGUCACCCUGGAGGUGUUCAUCAUCUGUUACUUCGGCGAUCGCAUGCGCAGUCAGAGCGAGCAGCUGUGCGAUGCGUUCUACGCCUGCAACUGGCUGGAUCAGACGCCCCAGUUCCGGCGCAUGCUGCUCUUCACGCUGAUGCGCAGCCAGAAGCCGUUUUGCAUCUAUGCCGGCGGCCACAUAGCCGUCACCCUGGAGACCUUCGAGCAGGUCAUCAAGUCAACCUACUCCGCCUUUACGCUGCUGCUGCGAGCCAAGUGAACUAGGAGCAGCGACAGCACUCUAGCCAUGGCAAGCUCAUGGCAGACCUCAGCUCUUGCC